UCCCCAAACACGCUGAUUUGAAACCCUAAAAACACCCAAACACAAAUCGAACUCGCCUCGCAUUACUUUUUCGCCAGAAAAGAAAGGAAAGAGAGCUCGCUCCGCUCUCGCCGCCGCCUACAUCGAGACCAUGGACGGCGCCGCCCCCGUCGCGGGAGCGCCCCCGGCGGUGCCGCCCGCGGUGCUGUGCGCCGCCGAGGAGGCCCUGGCGGCCACCGAGUCCGUCGGGGACCGCCUCGCCGAGAUGCUCGCCGCGGCGGCCGAGGACCCCGACGCCGUCGCCGAGCUCCCGCCCCUGCACCGGGCGCGCGCCUUCCUAGCCGUGGCCCACGCCGCGACCUCCCUCUUCUCAGCGCGGCUGAGGUGCUCGGGGGUUAAUCCGGACGAGCACCCCAUCAGCAAGGAGAUCGAGAGGUUAAGCCUGUGGCAGGAGAAGUUAAAUCGAUUGAACGAAUGGGACAAGGCACCACUGCGCCCUUCCACCACUGUGAAUACACAAGCAGCUGCAAGGUUCAUUGGUCGUUCGUUGUCCCAUUUGACAGACGACCAGAGGAGGGGCAUGCAGGCAAUUAGUAAAGGGGAGGGGGCGGGCUGGUCUGGGAGGAAGAGGAAGUCACAGCCACUGCCAGAGAGGAAGUCUGUUCGUGCUGCUGCAGAAGAGUUCCUUGCGAAGGCUUCUCAGGAACUCAUUGGGCAUAAUGGUAGUGGCGUGAAGGGCCCUGUUAGACUUGUUCUUGAUGAAGACGAGGACUAGAUUGAUGUGUUAGUCUUAUCUCUUGUGCAGCUCUCAGGAAGCAGGAGCUCAGAAAAUCCGGCGCCGCAGGUAGUCUGGUCCUGGCGGCUGAUGAUUUUUCGAGCGUGAAGCGCGGCUGGCCUCCCGUCAGUCGUUCUCAGGAUCGGAGACGGUUAGAAGAAAAGCUGCCGUGUGGUGAGGAUCAAUCAAGUCCCGUUAGCUGUAUGUAACUUUAGAAAUGUAAUGUUAGAUUUUGCUGUCUGUUUGCUCGUUUUGAGAUGCUUGGAAGAACAAUUUACCCUACCCCUGUGCGGGUUUUGUGUGGAAGAAUAAUUUACCCCCUCUGCGGGUUUUGUUA